CCUCCCAUGGGUGGUGGAGACUCCCUCCCCCGUUCUCCCUUACCAACGUUUCUAGGGGACACCUCCAACCCCUUCCACCUCCUCCGGAUGGCGGCGCCACUACUCAGGGAGCACCACCCACACCAUCCCCAACACCCACACCACCCCCGUCCCCCUCCGGGCUAUCUGGACACCCGGCUCCCUGCCACCCCACCCUUCGUCAGACCCCCGCCCCCCAGACACCUCCUGGAGCGCCUGGGGCCAGAGGAGAUGGGGUCCCUGCUCUUCCAGCACCCCAGUGCCUUUGAGAGGGUGAUGCGUCUGACCCCAAUGGAACCUCCUUCCAUGGACUUCUCCAGAAGGCUCAGAGAGCUGGCGGUUGGCAACAAUACUAACAACGGAGGCCCUACACCUCCUCUCUCGCCCACCCGGGUGCCCCCCAUGCACCGCCUGCUGAGUCCAACCCUCUUCCAGCCAGGCUCCAAGCACCCACCGUUCCUCACCUACCCCCCACAGCCCCCCACGCCUCAGGGAAACGCCAACACUCCUCCCCAGGGUCAGAACCAGGUCCAGGUCCAAGCCAAGUCCAAGUCCUGUGAGUUCUGUGGGAAGACCUUCAAGUUCCAGAGCAACCUGAUAGUCCACAGACGGAGUCACACAGGAGAGAGGCCCUACAAGUGUCAUCUGUGUGMCCAUGCCUGUUCUCAAGCCUCCAAGCUGAAGAGACACAUGAAGACACACAUACAUAAGYCAGGCUCCAUGGGGAGCUCCCCUGAACAGGGGAACAGAGGAGAGGKAGGAGAGGGGGAGGRGAAGAGCAGAGAGGGGGAGGGAARAAUGGGGAUGGACAWCGAGGAGGAGGAAGAGGARGAGGAAGAGGAAGAAGAGGAGGAKGAAAUKGAGGAUGAGGAGGAGAUGAGGAACGGCCUAAGUAGGCCUGAGUCUAACCUGASCAUGGACUCAGAGUUCCACARGAACAKGGARAACGGGUCGAGGCCUUCCCCAGACGAGAAGCCUCAUGGUGGGGAUAGAGUGACGGAGAGCGGAGGGGUGGGUAUCAUGCACCCAUACAACCACCUGGACAAUCAUCUGAGGCUGGCCCCUUCCAAGAAGACCAUGAGUCUGGACAGGGAGAGGCAGCCUAAUAGAGAGUCGAGAGAGGGGGGAGAUGCAGGGAGGGGGGAGAUGGAGAUUGAGAGGGACAGAGAGCGAGCGUUGGACAGGGCGAUGGACAGAGCGAUGGACAGAGAGAGAGAGAUUGAAAGAGAGGAGAGGCCCUUGAUGAACGGAAGAAUUAGUGGGUCUGAAGACUCUUUCUCUGGACUGUUCCACCGCCGGCCCACCCCCAUCACCAGCCCCAACCCCUCCAACAAGAGAAUCAAGGUGGAGAAGGAGUUGGAGCUCCCCGCGGCUCCGACCCUCAUCUCCCCAGAGAACAUGUAUUCCCAGCUCCUGGCCGGCUACGCCGCCUCACGCCACUUCAUCAGAGAACCCUUCCUCCAUGGCUUCAGUGACGCCCACCAGUCCCCCUUCGCCACUUCCUCAGAGCACUCCUCCUCCGAGACAGGUUCCCUCCGCUUCUCCACCUCUCCUGGGGAAUUCCUGGAGGGAGUGGGCGCAUCGGGCCGCAGCGGCAGCUCCACCCCUCACCUCCUGCGGGGUCCCGGGCCGGGUCGACCCCCUAGUAAGGAGAGCAGACGGAGCGACACCUGCGAGUACUGCGGGAAGAUAUUCAAGAACUGCAGCAACCUGACGGUGCACCGGCGCAGCCACACGGGAGAGAGGCCCUACAAGUGUGACCUGUGCAGCUACGCCUGCGCCCAGAGCUCCAAGCUAACUCGCCACAUGAAGACCCACGGGCAGUUUGGGAAGGAGGUGUACCGCUGUGAUAUCUGCCACAUGCCCUUCAGCGUCUACAGCACCCUGGAGAAACACAUGAAGAAGUGGCACGGGGAACACUUGAUGGCCAGCGACGUUAAACUGGAGGAGGCUGAGAGAGGCUAGGUUACGCUAGGCUAAAGCUAAAGCUUAAGGCUACAGGCUAGGCUAGGCUAGGCUAACACAACAGACUCCUUCUGAAUGAACACAUACAGGACUUCAACACGGGGUUUGGCUGGAUAAUCUUUCUCCUCUUGAAUAUUUUGGGACAAUUUGAUGUAUGUUAUUCUGUUUUUGUUGGUUCUUUUUGUCACAGAAACUGCCACCUGAGAAACAUAAACAAAGGAAAACAUGGAAUGUGGGAUUGUUCUAGAAGCGCUUUGUUUCCCGCCAACUAUUGAUCUAUCUGAGGAUUUUAUCAUUUAGGAAUCCCUGGAGCUUUUCUACUGUGCAAUAAUGUCUGUAUUUAUGGGAGUUUUGUAAAGAUAUUGGGCAUGCGCAGUAAAAAAAAAUCCAUUACUGGAAACAGAUCACACUUGAUUAGAAAUAUGAUUUUAAUUGUUAACUGACUAAAUUAAUGCGAAGAGGUCAACUUCUAAAAAUUAUGAUAGCAAUUAUUUAUUUUUAAACUGUCUUAUCAUUACCCUUUUAGGUCAACAGAGGACUACAAUCCAUCUCCUCGUAUGUGACACAACGCACUGAAUGUCAAUAUGACAAUAAAAUAUUAAUUAUCAUUUUAGAAAUAAAAAAAAUCCCAAAUGUUGUUGUUUUAAAAAUCUGAAGAGGUUACAGACAAUUUUAUACAAACAAAAUGAUAAUUUUUUAUAAAUAUCAGCAUGUGUUAUACAAUGUCUAAAUGCAAUUAUUAUAAUGAUGUAAUCCAGCCGUAUGUUCCCAAUAUGAGCAGGGGAUGUAAAUAGCGGUUGCACACAUUGACUAACAUUCCUUAGAUGCAGGAUUAAAUCGCCAUAGGAUAUUUGACAUACAUCAGUUCAUUUGCUGUAGUAACUGUGGAAAGGAGUACAGUUAUAUACACGUUUAUUUGUGGAUGUUUUGGGAGGCCUUUUUUUUAUUCUUCAAACAUUACCUAAAUAUUUGUUUUUCUUUGAUCUAUAAUACCAGCCCUGUAUUUUACAUUCAGAAUGGCCACUAUAAAUCAAUCAAAAGACUAGCUGCUUGAGUUGUCUACGUACUGAAUAAUAUAGCUACAUUUUUGUUGUUUUAAAACUAAUUUUACCAGAUUAUUGCAAUACAGGUCCUUUCAAUAGUGCUUCCUUCCUAUGGUCAUACUGUUUACAUUUGAACAACAUAGUGGCAAGGUCGUUACUCCCUCUUGACACUUGAUGAAGCUUAAUCAAAGGCAAUUAGUGAAGUUAAACUUUUCAACAUUCUACAUCGUACAGUACAUUCCACUUCUAGAAUCAUUCCAUUGUUCCGUCUGGUGAAUUCUAGAACAGUAAUGUUCUGUUCGACCUGGGUGAGUUCUGAUCCCCUCAGGAUUCAGCUAAACCAGUAUCAAAAUGUAUUUCAUAUCAACGCCUGUGUUUCUUCCACUGUGUGCUCUAAGCCUCAAUCUGCCUGCUUUCACACCUCACUAACUCAACACUCAUGUAUUAGUAGAGCAGCUUUGAAAAAUAAAAAGUGGGGGUUGUUAAUGUUGCUUCUCAAAGUGAUAUGGGGGUUUAACACCCAAUAACAGAUUUACAAUUUGGGAUUUUCAGCUGUGAGGAAUGAGGACGGUUCAUCCUGGGAUGUAUCUAAAAAAAAAAGCUUUUGAGUUACAUUGAAUUAUGUUCAAAAUGUCCAGCACAGCUGUUAGGACGAUGGCCACACGACCUUGAGAUCUGAUUGGAUCAUUCUUGAGGUAGAACAUGAAAGACUGAAAUAGAGAAAAGAGAGAGAGAAAGAGAGCGAGAGAGGAAAGAAAGAAAGAGAGAAAUAGAGGGAACGAGAGAGAGAGAGAUCCGCACAAGGAUCAAAGUAAUUCAAACAAAAUGUAAAGCAUAUGAAAAGUCUAUUUAAACCCAAAUGCAUAUCUGCUUGUCAAAUCUAAUACCAGUGACAUCAGAGAGAGAACGGACCAAUAGUAGGGAAGAUUUAGGCCACAUCAUCCCUUAAUACAAUCAUCUCCAACAGAGUAAAUUAUCUCACCUCAAACAUAUCACCUCACAUACCUGCUUUACAUUUGCUGUGUGUUUUUAGCCAAUUGGACAUGGGUGUGCUUCCUAUUUACUAUCAGCUUGUUGACAGAAAUCAGAUUUUGAACUACAAAAAAGAGUGAAUAUUUACGGUAUUCCUACACAUAGUUCUACAAUUCUCACUUCAAAACAAGUUUGAUAAUAACUAUUGAAAUGUGAAUGUAGUUAUGUUAUAUUUGCAUUGAGAAAGUGGAGAGGAGAAAGCUACAAUUCUCAAUUUUGAACAAGUUUCAUAUAAAACCAUUAAAAUAUGCCUUUUCUGGAGUUUAUUUUAUAGCAUUGAGACAGUGGAUAGGAGAAACCAGGAAGACAGACAGCAGAACAGAACAAGUCAAUUAGUACAAGGACAUUCGGUCUCAGAAUAAAGUUUACAGUGUUUGAAGUAUGUUAAUGAUGAAAUCCUCUGUGUUUUGAAAUAACAAAGUAUUCUUUUCUUCAAUGUUUUGAGUGCCAUAGCGAGCAGUUUUCUAUGAUUAUCAUGGUGGAGGGAUUUUAAAAUAGAUUCUUAUGACUAGUUAAGUAUGAUUUCUUGCUCGCUGUAUGACAAUAGCCAGUGUAUUUGUAAUAUUGACAAGUGAUGCAGAUGUUUCUUUUUUUUUAAGAGGUGCCAACAUUCUGUUAUAACCUAUGUUCACAGUCCGAAUCCAAUUGUGAGUCGAUUCAAAUGGUGUUGCUUUUUGUCAAUGUUUAAAAUUGUUAUUUUGUUUGUUGGUAAAGCUAUCCUUAGAUGUAUGUUAAAAAAUACAAUAAAAAAAAUUUGAAAAUGUUUUGAAAUCAUCCAGAAUAUCAGAGGAAUUUUGAGAUUGGUAUUUUUAACAAUGGAUUCUGGGAGAAAUGCUUUUCAUAACAUGUAUAUUAGGAGACAUUCAUGGACAACAUUUCUUCUCCUGGUUGGUAGAAAUGAUUGUGAUGGCACUUAACAUGACAUUUUAACACAUUUUCAACUUUCACAACUUUUUGCUAUUUGUAAAAAAUAAUAUUUUUCUUGUUUUUUGAUGGACUGCAUUAUUGUCCAAAGCAGCAGUAAUGUUACAGAUCAGCUGCUUUGAAUAUAUAUGUAUUUUUGUAAUGUGCUGAAAAGAAAGUCACCAAGUCCAAUAAAAGUUUCAGUUGCCCUAUC